AUGACGAUUACACCUUCUCCUGAAAAACCCGUGGUGCACAUUGUUGGACUUGGUUCAAUGGGUUCUAUCCUGGCAAUGGAUCUACUUGAAUUCACUGAUGCAGAAGUUGUUCCAUUGUUCAGAAAUGAACAAAAACUGAAGAGUUUCCAGAUUGGCCAUGGUUCCAAACUUUCCACCAAGCGAGUCUAUUUAAGUGAUUCCCCAGUGGAGACUAAACAAAUCCAGAGGAGUUACUGCCCUUCGAACUACAGUGGGGAACAUAUCAAAAACUUGGUUGUUACUACCAAAACGUAUCAAACUACAGAUGCGUUGAGACCAUUUUUGCCUUACAUCGAUUCGGAAACUAAUCUUAUUUUGAUACAAAAUGGUUUAGGUGUAUUAGAAUCGUUGAGUGAGGGUCUCUUCUCAGAUGGCGUGUUGAGUAGACCGAAUCUUUUUCAAGGUGUCAUUGCCCAUGGGGCAUUCCAAGAAUCUGACUUCAUGUUCAACUAUACGUGUUUAGCUGAUAUGAAGAUAGCUCGAAUUUCAUGGAAUGGUGCCGAAGGAUUAGUGCAACCAUCUAAGAUAGUUGUCGAAGAUGCGUUGAAUAAUGAGUUGAUACGUCUACUGACCCAACCGGCUUUCAGCAAAGAGUUUGUCGUGAAACAUAUGACUUAUCAAGAGAUGCUGAUUGGGCAGUUAUACAAAUUUUUGGUGAACUCAUGCAUCAAUUCCAUUUCUGCAAUUGUCGAUUGCAGGAACGGUGAGAUUAUCGACAAUGCGAAACCGGUAUUCUCUUUAAUUGUAAAGGAAUCUUUAACUAUUCUCAAGUUAGCCUAUGCACCACUAUUCCAAUAUGAGCAAAACUACAAUGGCAAAGAAGCAUUCCCAUUUCUGAAAGUUGAUGAAACGUUCGAGUUUGAACCCCUCGUUGACACGAUUUUUUAUCUGACUUGCGUGCUUGGUGAACAGAGCAGCACCUCAAUGCGGGAGGAUACGAAACAUUUCAGAGAUACUGAAAUCGACUACAUAAACGGCUAUGUUGUCUCGUUGGCGGAAAAAUUGGGCCUAGGCAGUGACGCAGUGAAUGUUAACAGACUUGUUGUUGAAUUGGUAAACCUGAGAGCAGGUCUGAACAAGAGAAGGGCGAACCAAAUUCCAGUGUAA